AUGCAGAAGAUGAGCUUCUUUCCAGAUUUGGUAUAUUAUACCGCAAUUGAAUUUUACGAAGAAAAAGUGAAAAAUGAAAAUGAUCCAUUGACUUUAGCUCAAUCUUAUGUUAAUAUUGGACAUUGGCAUUUACUUUUGAAUGAUUACAGCAAAGCUCUUUCAGCUUAUCAAGCUGCUUAUGCAAUACGUACAAAACUAAAUCAAACUCCUGAAUUAUUAUUUGGUCUCGGAAUUGUUUAUACAUAUUUUGGAUCAAAUAAUCAGUAA